UUUGGAAUUGUUAUUAAUAGUAUUAUUUAUUUAAAUGGUGUUGCACACCAGUUUGCUAGGCGUGGACGAUAAAUAAACAGCCACUAAAUAGAAUCCGGUGUGAUGCCAUGGACAGUGUGAAGAUGGAAUCUGUCCAAAUUAAAGAGGAGUUCCCUGAACAUGAACUUGUUCCCUUUAGUGUGGAGUUCUCUGGGCUGGCUUCCCUCUCCAUUAAACAGGAGCUAUGUGAAAUGGAAUGUGACAGCAGUCAGCCAGAGGUCUGUGUGAUUAAAGUUGAGCACAGUGAAUUGGAGAUCCCCCAGACAGAAGAACUGCUUCCUGUUAAACAAGAAAAUGUGCUGGAAAUUAAACGGGAGCACCUGAAAGUAGAGUUUGACUACAUGGAACCAGGGAAGAAAGAAUCUGAGGACUUCAAACCAAACAUCCCUGAGCUGGAACCUGUACGUCUGCAAGAGUGUAGUGUUGUGCUGGAGAGAAUCUGCAUGAGAGAGCAAGGUGUUGGAGAGAAAGGCUCUCUCAACAGCAUACAAGAUGGAAUGGAAGACAGGGAGUCAUAUUCAGAAUGCAGUCUAGCAGGUUCUAGCCCAGCAGCUAAAGCGAGGGCAGGUGGUGGAGAAUAUUCUGACUGUUGGAAAUGUUUCACCCAGUUAGGGCAUUUUAUAAGACGCCAGCGAAUCCACACAGGAGAGAAACCAUAUUGCUGCUCUGACUGUGGGAAGCAUUUCAGUCACUCGGGAAUCCUGAAAGCACACAAGCGGAUUCACACAGGAGAGAAACCGUAUCCCUGCUCUGACUGUGGGAAGAGUUUCAGACAGUCAGGAGACUUGAAAACACACCAGCGAAUUCACACAGGAGAGAAACCAUAUCGCUGCUCUGACUGUGGGAAGCAUUUCAGUCACUCGGGAAUCCUGAAAGCACACAAACGAAUUCACACAGGAGAGAAGCCGUAUCCCUGCUCUGACUGUGGAAAGAGUUUCAGUCAGUCUGAACACCUGAAAAAACACCAGCGAAUUCACACAGGGGAGAAACCGUAUUGUUGCUCUGAAUGUGGGAAGAGUUUCAAAGAUUCAGGAGACCUGAAAAAACACCAGCGUAUUCACACAGGAAAGAAACCGUAUUGCUGCUCUGAAUGUGGGAAGAGUUUUAGUGACUCAGGAACGCUGAAAAAACACCAGCUAAUUCACAGAGGAGAAAAAACAUAUUGUUGCUCUGACUGCGGGAAGCAUUUCAGACAGUCACAACACCUGAAAACACACCAGCGAAUUCACACAGGAGAGAAACCGUAUCUCUGCUCUGAUUGUGGGAAGAGUUUCAGAGAUUCAGGAGACCUGAAAAAACACCAGCGAAUUCACACAGGAGAGAAACCAUAUUACUGCUCUGACUGUGGGAAGAGUUUCAGUCAGUCACACAGCCUUGUUUCACACCAACUAAUUCACACAGGAGAGAAACCAUAUCUUUGCUCUGAGUGUGGGAAAUGUUUCAGAGAUUCAGGAAACCUGAAAAAACACCAGCGAAUUCACAGAACAGAAACCUUAAAGACCAUGUUCAAUGGGACUUUUCACUCGUUCAGGGAGGAAAAAAAACAUUAACUGUGCAUUGAGUCCCUGUGUAAUAGUAAUCUUUUUAUAUUACUUAACAGCAGGUAUUUUAAAUGGUAAAGAUGCAAUUGAGAUAGUGGGCAGUGACGCAGACACGUGUCUAGUUUAACUCAGGCUGCAAUGCAGUCAGUGCCUAGAAGCAGGAAUAUGCAGAAAGGAAACUGUUCUGCAACUUAUCUGAUAUGAGUCAGUAGAACUGAUAACUCAUGGAUUUAAAUUUAAAAUUUGAUUAAUUUGAAAAUAAAUGAAUGGAUCGGAACAAGUAUCCCGACUCCGGUAUAUAGCAUCCAGAGACAAGGCUGCACCAUCCUUAAAGGGGCAAUUACCUUGAUCUGUCUUGUAAAUUCAUCACUUUUCUAAAAAAAAUGAAAAAUUAAAGUGUCCCAUGGCUGUAUUAUGACAUGAAUCACUGAAUAUUAUUAAUAUUACUAAUAUUUUAUUUUAAUCUGCUUUUAAAAUUGCCCCAAAUCAUACAAGUGUGGCAAGCAUGUGUAUGGAUCUUAGGUAUAAAAAGGCAAUUAAACGCGUGGAAGGGAUUUAUGUACUUUUAGCGUCUAUAGAUAUAUACCAGUGCUACACUGGUAUCUUGUUAAAUUGUGUAAUGAGGACGUUUGUGUAGUCAGAGUUCUCGUGCGACUUGACUGUACAGUUAAUCCUUAAAAGUGUGCUGAUUUAACGAUUGAUUAAUAGAGCUGCAACAAAGGGUACAUUUUGACACUUGAAAGUUCAGAAUACAUUACCGAAGGAAGGUUCGAACCUUCGAUGGUACCAAUAUGCGUAAUUUACUGAUGACAUCACCAUAGCUACUUGUUCAUAUUUGAUUGAAAAUCCUGUUUACAGGUGAUCCAUAUAAAUGGAA